AUGAAGAUUUGGACAUCAGAGCACACGUUUGAGUAAGUCCUUCAUUCUUAUAUUCUAUUCUUUUGAGGCAUCCUUGGGACACAGUUGUACAUGCUGCGUUUCGGAAAUAUCCAAAUCCGAUUAAUCGAGCAGUCACUGCGAUUGAUGUGGUUAAUCAAAGGGUCGAGAAUGGAACCCUAAAGACCGAGCGGAUAAUGCAAAGUCAUUUUCAUAUCCCAAAUUGGGCCACGAAGGUAACGAAAUGGGUAAAGACAUAAUGAUUUUUUUCUAGUUGACGGGAUUUUCGGGAACACAAUAUUCGCAUGAAUAUACUGAAAUUGAUCCAUCGACGAGGAAAAUGACAUUGGCAACGAGAAAUGUGGGAUUUUUUAAUCUUCAAUGAUUGCUUUUUCUAGUUAAAUGGCCUCGGCUUUCUCAGAGUAGAUGAGAGGUUGGAAUACACGCCUGAUCCCACAAAUCCAUACAGAACAUUGCUGAAACAAGAGGCUGCUGUCGUUGUCAACCUCCCUGCCUUUACAGAUUAUUGUGAAAAAGCGUUCUUGAAUGUGUAUCAAACAAAUGCCCUAAAAGUAAGUAAGGUAUAGUUUAGAAAACGAAGAGCGGCUUUUCUGAGUGUUUUCUGAAGGAAUUCAAUAGUGUUUCUUAUCGAACUUUAUGAUGUAAGAGCUAGCAGUUCGCUCAAUUCCAUGAGUCAUAAGGAUCACGAGAGACUUUUUCCAUCACAUCUCCAAAAAUUUCAAAUAAUUUGAAUUUUUUAGGGGCGAAAUGGAAUCGAAUGGGUGAUAGACCAUCUGAAGAGGGAAUAUCAGGAGUUUUCUUCCAAAGUCUCCACCGAAAUCAAUGAGAUCUCUGAUAAAGUGAUGGGCCGAUUUGGUUCGAAUCAAUCUCAACAUAACUGAAUACCGAGUCUUUCUUGUUAGUAGUAUCUCACGAUCGGGUUGUAGUCUGUCCAUAGUCGGGGAAUAUGAAGAGACAUCAUGAUGAUCUUCUCCUUUCAUAAAUAAUACCAUCGGGAGUGUUUGAUCGAGGGAACAGCCACGUAUUUUCCCUCCGCUCUUUCCUUUUGGGUGUUGCUCAUGUUUGCUGUGAAAGUGAUGGCCAAAUUAUUUUUGUUGAUCUGAUGUCCCUCAUUGUGCUCGAGUCUGGAUGACCUAAUAAUUGUCCUUUGAGGUGGUCUUGUUGUCGUUUUUGCCCAUGACGAAGUUCUUUCUCUUCUUCCUUCUCCACGUCUUCUGACACGGAUUUGUUGCUGUUGGUCUUCCGAAGAACGAACUGGAAUAAACAAUAAAAUCUAUGAGUCCCCCUUUAAACAAUCUCUUCAAAGGCGACAGCACGUUACUUCCAUUUUGCAUCCCAAUCCUCAGGGAUUUGAGCAUCUCCUUUUCGGCCAGUUUCGCACCCCCCGAAUGCCUUUGAACCCGCUCUUGUCAGGCCCUCAGGGCUCCAAUUGUUCCAGAUUUGUUAAGAAAUGGAUUUGGGAUCCGCUUUCCUUGUUUUCGGGCAUCUGAUUCGGGACGAAGCCCGCUUUUAUGGGCCUUCCCGAGAUUGGGGAUUCGAAGCCAAUAUUCGCCUCAUCAAUGGGAAUUGUCUUCUACCCCGGGCUUAA